GCCAAAUAUAGCACCACGCUGGUAGUCUCCCAAUGUUGCAAGCAGUCCAUCAAAUGGGUGGAACACACCUUUCGCGAUCUGGAUAAGGCCAUAUACAGCCUCGAUGGAAGUCUCCAGGACGGCGCCCGCUCCGUCGCGACGAACAGGUCCUCCGUCGAACCGAUCGCUUUCCUCGAAUACGUGAUCGACCACUACGACCAGCUCCCAGACGUCUCCGUCUUCGUCCACGCCCACGCCUCCACAUGGCACCAGAACGACCUCCUCGGAUUCAGCACCUCGUCCAUCAUCGCCCGCCUCAACCUCGCCCACGUCAUGAAGCAGGGCUACCAACCGCUGCGAUGCGAGCACGCCCCCGGCUGCGGCGCCUCCUCGAUCGACCUCAACACGACCACCACGCCCCUCUCCUCCGACAUCGACCUCUACGCCGCGAAGGCCAAAGACGAUUUCCAGGAAAUCGACCAGUCUCUGUUUCGCAAGGCGUGGCGGGAGCUGCACGGAGACGCGGCGCUUCCUGCGCGCCUGGCGGCGCCAGCGUACUCGCAGUUCGCCGUCACCCGGCCGAUGAUCCGGUCGAUGUCGCUGGAACGGUGGAUGCAUUACCGCCAAUGGGUGGAAGAGACGCCUCUGCCGAACACGCAUGUCGCGCGGGUGUUUGAAUACAUGUGGCAGUAUCUGUUCCUCGGCGAAGGCGAGCAUUGCCCCGACGUGUUCACCUGCGCGUGCGACGGCUUCGCAGUGUGUUUC